AUGUACGAUAUUGUUAAAAAUAAAUUGUUAACGUUGGAAAACAUAGAUCAUGAUUCUACAAUUUACAACAGAUACAAAAAAAUCAUGAUGCUAAUUGUUUUAAAUUAUUGGAAAACAGAAAGCAACAAUGGAACAAUUCAAUACAUCCCAGUUCAGUCAACGAAAGUGCUUGACAAAGGUAAAGAGUGGUUUUUAAAACACAUUAAGAAAGUCGAUAUCAGUAAAAUAUGCAAAAUGACAGGGUCCUUACUGAUUCCAAAAAAUUAUACAGAAAGCUAUGCACUGUUGAAAAAGUAUAUGCCUGGUCCAGAAGCAGGUAAAUUCGUUGAGAAAGUAUGCCAGGUUGUGCACACAUUCCUUUAUCCAAUUCUCCAAUUUGAUUGGAAAAAAUAUUUCGGGAAAGAAACUAAUGGAACGUUUAAAAACUUGGACAUGCAAACAGUCGGAGAUCUCGUUGUGUUGCAUGAAAAUAAUCUUUUUGAUUACACGUCAGAUAUGUUGAAGGCAGCUGGAGUACCAGUGAAAAAAAUUAUUAAAUAUUUCGCAGCUUUCGGCAGCUUGAAUAGAGCUAUAGCAGAUGGGAAACUGAAUAUAAACGCCGUUAUUGGGAACAUUAAAAACAGCCGAAUCUUAAAUUGGAAAAAUUUAAUCAGGAGUGGCGCUAAAACGUUGUACAUUUUAAAAAACGUGGAUUUUAAAAAAAGUCAUUUUGACGACCUUAAAAAAGCAUUAACCUCAUUUGCAAAAACUUUAUCUAGGCUGAAUAUGAGUGCCACACAGAUGAUUGAAAAAUUUUACGGGAGUGUAUCUAGGAAGUUUGAGUACGCACUGCUCCAAAAUGUGAUCAGUCUGAAUGUAAAACACAGGGCGUUGCACAAAAUACUGACGCUACUUUCAGAUAAUGCAACGCUACACAAAAAUCCAUUCAGUGUAACUGACAAGAUGUUGAGAGAAUUAGAUGUCGCCAGAGCAGAAUGGAACACAGUAAUUCAAAGAGCUGCUGAUUAUUACAUGCCUCAUAAAAACGUUCUUCCUACCAAAAUUAGAUACAGAAAAGGCAUGGAAUGGUGUGGAGCGCCUUUUCAGAAUACACAGCUUUCUCUAAAGGCCCUCACUAUGCAUAUUUUCAAUCUGGUCCCAACCGUGCUGGAUGGUUCGUUUCGGAAAAAUGGGAUGAAGAAGCCAGAAAUUUUGGACGAAUAUUUCCGAAAUGUAGAUAGCGAACCCAAGAACACUGUUCAAAAAGAUUAUUGUGAUGUUUCUUAUGUUCAUUUUGCCAAAUUGGUAAAAAUCUUGAUAAAAUUUGAUAUGAAACCCUUCCGUCAUUAUGACCUCUUCUGA